AAACCUCUCAAGCUUCUCUGUGUCCCUAGAGUAUACCACAUCAAGUUAAUUCCAACCUUUGUCCCACGUCGAGACCGUAUGGCUAAGAUGAAACGGUCCCAGAGCGCACCGUGUGUUCCCUGCCGAUAUCGCAAGGUUCGCUGCGACCGUCGGUCGGGCACGUGCACUAAUUGUGAACGUUUGAACUUUAACUGCUCCUACCAACAAGGUCCUUCUCGAGCACAAGGGGACGAUAAGAACAUCAGGUCCGGCCCUCCUGAGCGGCGACGUGCGAGUCAAGCAUGUAUAGCAUGCCGUCGCCAAAAGGCACGCUGCUCAGGGGAAUUGCCUGCUUGUAAGGCUUGUCGCCAACGACAACGACUGUGCCAAUACGCAGCUUCAGACCUCCCUGUCGGGGCAGACUCUGCAAUUAGCUCACUGUUUCCCAUCCGUCGCCAAGAGUUGCUGAGCGCAAUAGAUCGUUUUUUUGGACACCUUUACCCCGUUCCUGCCUUUGCUUUCCUCCACGAACCGUCUGUUCGGAAACAAUGUGAAAGCGGCGUCCUGGACCCGUCUCUUGCGUUGUCUCUGGCCGCUGUCACCAACGCCUAUCUUUCCUCGAAUAAACAAGUUUUGGAAGAGUGCGCCUCGUGGAUCCGAGCUGUAGAAAUGGAAAUCUGGGACCGCCUCCAUAGUCCGUCCAUCCAUCAGGCGCAAUCGCUCCUCCUUAUGGCCCAUUACCAUAUCCAGACUGGGCAUUUCGGACGCGCCUAUAUGCUGGUAGGGAUGACAGCGCGGUCAACCACUGCACUUCGAUUAAACUAUGAACGACCGGAGCUUGAUUUUGUUGCUCAAGAGACGCGUCGUCGGCUGGUAUGGUCUUUGACUAGCAUUGACAGUUAUUUCUCGGUCGGGCUUCCAGAACAUGAAACUAUCUCUUACGCAAAUAUUUACCAGCGACUGCCAUGCUCGGAAGAAGAGUUUCGCGAGGGGAUCGCACAACCUACGGCAGUACAAGACAAUGGCCAGGCGAAGACCAACCCGGUCAAUAACCCCAACCCGCUUGCUGCAUUUAUCGAGGUCGGCAAAAUCAUGCGAGAUGUUAUGCGCCUAACACGGCAGCUAGCAAUUUCAGACGCUCCUCUCCUUGAAUUACCUGGGCUUGUGCAAAACAUCCAAAAUGACCUCUGGCGACUACAUGCUGAUCUAGAGCUCGACGCUCACUUCGCCAUCUCGGAGACAAUAUCUCCACAGGAGAUGAAGGGCUCCCGAUGGUUCCUCCGGUAUCUCCUGGCUUCACUUUGCUGGCACCAGGUGCACUGCGAUCUCUAUAGAAUUUUCCUACCCGGGUAUUCGGAGGCCGUAUCGAAGAUCAUCUUAGAUAUGACAGACGCGGUAUUCCGCGAGCACGCUGUUGAUAUGUGCCACAUCCACGUUCGAAAAAUUCACAUUAUCCUGGCCGGGGUUCUACAGCAUAUUGAUGUCCCCAUUUUAUCAUUGUAUGUGGCCAUUUGUGCCUAUCAAGCGGCCCGGCUCUCCUUAUUCUUACCGUCCUUGCCUGGUCCAAGGGCUCAGAUCGCAGCACAGAAUGCAGUCAGCGAUGCCACCACUGCUCUAUGUGUCUUACAAAAGUUCUUUUCCGACACUGUGUUUGCUCAAGAUAUUAUCGCUGAUCUACAGGAUCUUAUUGAAUCGUCAGCCCUGUCCGAGAGUGGCCCUUAUCAGUAUGGUCAACUGGCUGUUCAUAGUCUGAUUAAACAAGCAAAUUUCGUAGAUGAUGGUUACGAGGCCUAA